GUAGCAAUGAAUGCUGAUGGUGGCGAAAUUUUGCAGUGGAGAGACUUAGCAACAAUGAACCUAAUCCUGAUGGCAAUGAAAUAUAGUAACAGUGACAACUUGAUAGCAAUGAAAUGUAGUAACGAUGGCAACUUGAUAGCAACAAGGUAG